AACAAUGUGCGAGCACGACUAAAAAAAUUUGCUUAUAAAAUAAUCUUUUAUGAUGCUCUUCAAAUACCGGAAGAGGUUGAUAUUCAAGGAUCAGUCCUUUGUGGUGUUUGUCGGGAUGAAAUUAACCCACAAAUUUCGGAACCAAUCACUAUAUUAAUUUGUGGAACAUAUUCCAUCGCAAUUGUAUUGAACAAGAAGAACACAACAUUUUUUCUUCUGGCGUAUCUUGCACAUCAAGCAGGUUUAUUUGGUGGAUUCAAUGGUGAAGAAAGAUUUUCAGAGACGCAGUCCAACGAAAACGAAGGAAGAUCACAUGAUAUAUUUAAUCUCGUAAUCCCAGAAGAGAUUCUUCAGUCACAUUGCAUAAUCCCGGAAAACCAGUUGAAUAACAGUGCACCAUCUAGUUCCAACAUUGAUGAUUCAGUUAUUUUCCCUGAUCCUAGUUUAAACCACGUUCCCGGUUCUAACACAAAUCAUAUUUCCGGUUCUUGUCGUCCUCAUCGUCGACGUUAUGUUCACGAUAGUGCCUAUCGUUAUCGUGGGUCUAGAAAUCACCAAAGCGACCAUGUUGAUGAUGAUAUACAUGAAGAAAUGGAUUUACCGGGCGACCAUGUUAAUGAUGAUGUGCCGAACUUAGAUGAAGAAACGGAUUUACCAGACGACCAUGUUCAUGAAGAAAUGGAUUCUCCAGACGUUGAUAAUUUUAACGAACAACACGAUAACGAACUUAAGAAUAAUCACGAAGAUAUAAACAAUAAAAAGGAAUUGAUUGUAGAAAAGGAUGAGUCUACAUCUGUUUCUACUGAAGAUAUGGAUAUUGAUAUCGAACUUGAUCAAUCUUCGGAAAGCCUGGUUCGAUUAUAUCAAAAAGCAAAUCACGCUGAAAAGUACGCAAGAAAUGGCAAUCAAAAAGAGAUUUGGUCUUGGUUUUAUUAUGGAGAAAAGUUCGAAAAUAGGGUCCAAGAGAUUUUAAAUAAUGAUUCAGUCACCGAGAAAAAAGCCAGAAGCAAGGUUUAUAAGGAAGUUGAACAACAUCUCCCUGGUAUUACACGAGCUAAUUUAUGCCAAAAAACAAAAAAAACCCGUUAUAUCUAUACUUUGUUUAGAGAAAUAGGGACAGACAAAAUUAAACGGAUUAAAUCGUAUAGUGCAGAUUCAAUCGCACGACUCAAUAAGACUCUUAUUCAAAGCAUUGUGAGUGGUUUCUUGUCCAGCUAA